CAGCAAUGCUUAUCAUUCCAAUCAUAUGACUGAUUGUAAAGUUAUACUAAAUCUCUCGAGCUGCACAAACAUAUUGCCUCGAGAUAGCGGUAGCUAUAGACACGCAGUUCGAUAGAUCAAAUGGGUCGACCACCAUGUCGUGCAGAGGAAAAUGGGGUGAAGAGAGGGCCAUGGACACCUGAAGAAGAUGAGAAGCUGAGUGAGUAUGUGAGUAAACAUGGCCAUGGAAGUUGGAGGGCACUGCCACGGCUCGCAGGGCUCAACAGGUGCGGAAAGAGCUGCAGGCUGAGAUGGAUGAAUUACCUGAGACCCGAUAUUAAGCGAGGAAACUUCUCCGAAGAAGAGGAGAGGCUCAUCGUCCACCUUCACUCGAUUGUCGGAAACAAGUGGGCAAAAAUCGCAUCCCAUCUUCCCGGGAGGACUGACAAUGAAAUCAAGAACCACUGGAACACGCACUUGAGGAAGAAGCUGCUCCAGAAGGGCAUCGACCCAAAGACUCACAAGCCGAUUCUGGCGAACCAAAUUCCCAAUGAUCUCCUUGUGAACCUAAUCAUUGCGCAAUCUCUGCAGGGACCAAACAACAAUGAUAAUCUAGGCAGUUCUUCAGUGAUGAGUAGUACUCCUUGGGAACAAAUUAUUGCCACCGAACUGACGAAAAUCCAACUAGCUCACAACCUCCUGCAAUUCAUAAGCCCAAACACGACUCCUACUAUGGAUUGUAGUGCUAAUCAUAGUACACUUUUAGGACCUUACAGUAACACAGCCAAUUACUCAUCAGCAUCCCAGAAUAAUAUCAUGCCAGGAUCUUCAGUAAACCCUAAUCCAGUUAAUCUUCACCAAAUUAUGAACUCAUGGGCAACCUCUGAACCAGGAAGUUUAGAACUUCCUGCAAUGUGGGCGCCAUGGAGCUUCAAAGAAAGUACUGAGUGCACCCGGACGACGGGCAGCAGGUCCUUAACCAAAUCAUCAAAUGCAUCCAUUGACCCAUUUGAGGACUUAGAGAAACUCAUGGAUGAUGAUACUUGCGCCUCCUUCUUGAGGGAUUUCCUGGAAUAAUAUUACGGAAAGAAUCAAUUAAGUAUUAUGCGGGAGGAAAUUAGCAAGCUGAUUAUUAUUAUAUUUUUUGUGAUAAUUUGGGCUUAAUUAGUUUUGCCCACUCUCAUUCACUCCAUUAAACCUAAAAGGCUUGAGGAACUUUUCAUCGUGUAAUCAUUAUAUAUGAUUCUAUGGGGCUUAUAGAAUUUUCCCUUUUCUUUCAAUAUAUCUAUAU